GAGGUGAUGAAGGUCCCUGAAGGAGCAGGGCCUGAGACGACCACGAUGCACGCCGGCGUCUUAAGUCACCGCCUCGCACCCGUUACCUGAUAGCGCUGCCUCCCACCAGCGGCGCUGGCGCUCGCCCAUAGGCACAAAACCCCGCCGCACUGAAAGCGAGCCACGCAACAGGGUUGUUGUUUUGAUGACAGAUGUUCGGAGGGAAUUCACACUGUGUUCAAAGGCGUCUCUGCAAAAGCCAGUCGCUCUCGCGUUUUCACUAAUAGAUUCGUAUGUGGAGGAACAAUUGAAAUAUCAAACCGGGUGAAGUGAUGCGUGAAGUAUGAAUGAGACAGGUUACGCACAAACACAUCGGGCUAAUUGUUUUAGCGAAAGCAAACGUUUUUUAAUUGUUACAGCACCCUAAACCGCUGGGCCGUGCUUUUCCAGACACGCGUGCGCUACAGGAUACAGGAAUCGGAGGAAAGCCAAGAGCCAGAGCCUGUAAAACACUGUGUACGACAACCCGGUUAGCGCAGAACAAGGCUUGUACGACACGAGUGGUGUCUCUCUGAGGGCUCCUGAGCUCAAAAAUAAAUAAUCUAAUAGGGCUGCGCCGAGGCCCGAAGGGCAACAAAACAUGUCACGAAUUAAAACAGCCUUUGCGCAAAACACUUUCACAUGUCAUUAGAGUAAAACAGCAAGUGUCAUGUUUGAGGAUGCGCCCACUCUUCACUUGUUCUCCUGAACUGCAGGACCCGGGGGUCGAGGCAGGGGAGAGCCUGCCAUCUACUGGACACAGGUGAAGCCAGGAGCGUCUCUCUCUCUCGCUCUCUCUCUCUCUCUCUCCCUCUUUAUUUCUGGUGGUUAGCCAGAGGGUGGAGAUGAAUCAGAGCACAGUCUCUCACUCCUCCACAGACAGGUCGCCUGAGAUCUGUGAUGUUUCCCCGCUGCAUGCUGCUCUGCUCCACUCCACUCACAGCACAUUACAUUUUAAUCUAAUUCUUUUUUUUUUUCCUCCGAGCUCAGGUUUUGAUAGAGGGUUAUGAGGUUGCGUGAGCUGACAUGGACAAAGAAACCAGCUGGCACUGACCCAAAUAGCCAGUAGAGUAUUUCACACGCACACACUGGGGCUGUAUUAUCUCAAAUGACGUAACGAGACAAACGGACUGAAGUGCCGGUGAAUUCUGUCUUAUCAAAUAGCCUGUGUACAGGCGCCACUCAACUAUCCGGCUUCAUCUGAGGUUGAGCCUUGCAGAUAUUCACGGUUUGUUAAAGCUGGUGUUUUAGGGAGCAUUCCACAACGACAGGGCUCAUUUCAGAGAGCGCUAAUCUACCGGAUCUCCAUGCAGCCAGACGCGCGUCUCAUCGCCCUACCGUCCCCAGGUUCAUGAUAAUAAAGUUGUUGUUUUAUUUUUUUUUUUUUUUGUAAUGUCAGACAAAUUACACUCAUUAUCACAAACCCAUCGCGUCCCAUGAGCCAUGUUCCGCAGAAUGUCUUUUGUCUUUUGCAUAUUUGGUUUUAUUCAUUUAGCUGGAAAUGUUAUCUCUCUGGCGUUUAUUACAAAGGCCUGGGAACCAAGGAUUUCAAGCCCUGGGGCUGGGAUGAACGAUUCAUAAAAUAUAUCUAUUUCCCAGUAGAAUAAAAAUGAAAAGAUGAUGCAAGUUUUCCUCCCCUAUAUUCAAAUGCCCGUCAACAACGAGCCAAGUAAUGUCUACUUGCGCAAACCCGGACCUUCUCAUUAUUCUCUGUCUUGAAGUCCAUUGAAAGGCGACAUUGUUUCUUUAAGAUUGCUCUCGCAGUCAUUGGCGAGUCUGCCCAUUGUUGGGGGACAGAAAGCGAGUUGAGAUUGAUAUACGGGGGCCGGAGACAAGUUGCGCAUAUCAUCAGCGGACCAGCUGCAGCCAGUGGCCAACAAGUGCUGAACGCGUCCGCACAGACAUGGGUUGCUAUGACUGCUGUAUGCGCUGCUUGGGUGGGAUCCCGUACUGCUCGCUGGUCGCCACGCUGCUGUGCUUCUCCGGCAUCGCCCUCUUCUGCGGCUGCGGCCACCAGGCCCUCACGGAGACGGAGCGGCUCAUCGAGGCCUACUUCGCCCGCAACCUUCAGGACUACAUCACCCUGGCCUACAUCAUCCAGUAUUUCCAGUAUGUCAUCUACGGCCUGGCCUCCUUCUUCUUCCUCUACUGCAUUGUGCUGCUGGCCGAGGGCUUCUACACCACGAGCGCUGCCCGGCAAACGUUCGGAGAGUUCAGGAGCACCAUGUGUGGCCGCUGCCUCAGCUCCUCGUUCAUCGCGGUGACGUACGCGCUGGCCGUGCUGUGGCUGCUGGUGUUCGCCUUCUCCGCGCUGCCCGUCUACUUCUUCUACAACAUGGACGCCACCUGCCGCACCAUCGACGCCCUGACGGAGACGCCGGCGAGCAUCAACCCGCUCUGCGUGGACGCGAGGCAAUACGGGCUGUUGCCGUGGAACGCGGUGCCAGGCAAAGCUUGUGGCAUCACGCUGUCCAAUAUAUGCAGGACCAGAGAGUACCGGAUGACCUACGACCUCUACGUCGCUGCCUUCGCUGGCGCCGGCGUCACCGUCUUGGCUCUGCUGACCUAUACCGUGUCAACCACCUAUAACUUUGCAGUUCUGCGGUAUCUGGGCAGGAAGGGAAUGAGUCCACGGUGUUAGACCCAGCGUUUCCUGACUGCCCUGUCACUACAUCUCCAGCAUGACGGCCCCUAAGCACAUGCAAGCAGGGUGAACCUGUGAUUAUGGACUUUUAAAAAAGAAAUUACAUUUUUACUUUCUUUGUCGUGUGGCUAUUGUUUUGUACUUGUUUUUUAAGUGUGAGAUUUGUUUUCUGCCUGCAGUACAAUAAUGUCAAUAUAUUUAGCUUUUUAUAUUUUUAGAUUGUCUAAAAUUCCUUUCUGCUUCCCUUCACAGUCAGAUUAUAACACAACAGUAAUAAAUUAACAUGCAUUACGCCACUACCAAUUUGCUGCACACAUGGAACUAAAAUGCAGCUGUUGCACAGAAUAGGGAUUAUGGGUUACCAUGGCAGCCAUGCUUCACAUCUGGUUGCCAUAGUGGCAGACGGGCACGCAUUUGCAGUCUCAUGCUGACCCCAGGACUUUUCUCACGGGCUGGAGAAAAGCUCCAACAAUGGAGUUGUGCCUUUUUUUUAUUUUAGAGCCAGCCAAUAAGGAGGCAGUUGCAGAACCACCUGCCCCACGAGCCUCUGCCAAGGGUCAUGUUACAUGUCAAGGAUGGGGUCCCCUGGACAAAGAGAGGGUUUGACCCCUUUAAAGCCUCAGUGCAGCCCAUCUGGGACAGCAACACGUCUACACGCUGCAGCACGACCUGUAGCUCUGCCCAGAUAAUGGAUACAAGGAUUUAGCAGGAGACUGAGGGAAUUGUAGAUUAUCUUAAAUAGUUUCUUUCUGCAAAAGGGACAUCCAUUGUUUAGUUCUGAUCUACUAAGGUCUGAAAUUGUUUCUCAUAAUUUUGAGAUGGUGAAAGCACUAGGUGCUAACUACCCUUAAUGUUAGACUAAAUGCAUUGUUGAGAUGUGACUCCCCCUGCUGUUAAUGACUGAGGGACGUUUAUAGAGAUACAAUUUGUUGUAGUUAUUGUAUAACAGCUUUUCUUUUACUUUAUUGUGCCUAAUUUUACUAGUACUAUUACACUUUGGGUUAUUAUUACUAACAAAAUAAUUUGCAGCAUAAGUAGAUUAUUGUGUUUGGUGGAAGCUUUACCCAGCUGAGUGGCAGAUUUGUCGAGCAGCAGAGGGCUGCUUGGCGAUUAUUUUGUUUGUAAUAUUUGAUAAUAAAGAGAAUAUUCUUUGAA